UGCACGGCCUCGCGGGUGGAGGGUCUUGGUAUCCCAGCACGACCCGGCUACCCCCGCUGCUUCGGCCACCAUGCCGCGCUCUUUCCUCGUCAGGAAGUCCGCCUGCUCCCGCCGGAGACCCAAUUACAGUGAGCUCCACGACUCUUCUCCAGAGUUCACUUUUCAACAGCCCUAUGACCAGGCCCACCUGCUGGCAGCCAUCCCGCCACCUGAGGUCCUCAAUCCCACGGCCUCACUGCCUACGCUCAUCUGGGACUCUCUCCUGGCACCCCAAGCCCAGCCGAUUGGCUGGGCCUCUCUUCUGCCCCAGGAGAUCCCCAAGGCCGUCGAGCUGACCUCCCUGUCUGACGAGGACAGCGGGAAAGGCUCCCAGCCCCCCAGCCCACCCUCACCAGCUCCUUCGUCCUUCUCUUCCACCUCAGCCUCCUCCCUGGAGGCCGAGGGUUAUGCUGCCUUCCCAGGCUUGGGCCAGUUGCCCAAGCAGCUGGCUGGGCUCUCCGUGGCCAAGGACCCCCAGUCUCGCAAGGCCUUCAACUGCAAAUACUGCAACAAGGAGUACAUCAGCCUGGGUGCCCUUAAGAUGCACAUCAGAAGCCACACGCUGCCUUGUGUCUGUAGCACCUGCGGGAAGGCCUUCUCCAGGCCCUGGCUGCUGCAGGGCCACGUCCGGACCCACACUGGCGAAAAGCCCUUCUCCUGCCCCCACUGCAGCCGUGCCUUCGCUGACCGCUCCAACCUGCGGGCCCAUCUCCAGACCCACUCGGAUGUCAAAAAGUACCAGUGCAAGACGUGCUCCAGAACCUUCUCCCGAAUGUCCCUGCUCCACAAGCACCAAGAGUCAGGCUGCUCAGGGGGGCCCCGCUGACUCUAAAGGCUCCUUGCGCCUCUCCGGGCCCUCCCCCAAUUCCAGAAGGAAGGACCCGGCAUCCUUCUUGCUGCCACAGAGUUCCCUCCUGAGCUCCGCCUUCUGGCUGUGUUGGCCCCCCAGGACUCUGAGGACCAUUUCCCAGUCCUCUGCUCUGAGCGCCUCACCGGGCUCUGAGGGGGGCCUUUCUUUGGAUGGCUGAUGGGAGGGUGGCUUGCAGCAGAGACCUCCUCCUGGCAGCUGCUGCUCCAGAGUGUUCUGGAGUUGGCCUUUCUGCGUGGGUUUGUGUAUCCAGAGCUGUUUGGAUACAGCUGCUUUGAGCUCCAGGACAAAAGCCAGCAGACUGAUGAGAAGCUCCCACCCCACUCAGGGGACCCCAGCCUCCCCUACAGGAACCCUCAGGCCACCCCCUCCAGAAGGUGCAACUGACUAUGCAAACAUCCACCCCCAGGUGCACUCGCGGGGGUGGUCCCUGACACAAGGACAGCGUCUAGACCCCAGGAUGCCCCAGGGCCUGGGCAGCUAUUUCAGCCUUCUGUUUGUCAUGGUGGCACCUGUUUCACGGGCAAUUUAACAAUGUCUCCAAAGGGACUGUGAAUAAUUGCCUUCACUUGUCCGGGGCCCAAGUGGGGUGCUUCGGCUCCACUGAUGUGUCUCCCGGAACUAUUUUCGGGGGCCCGACAGGUGGGCCCGGGAGGAAGAUGUUUACAUUUUUAAAGGUACACUGGUAUUUAUAUUGCAAGCGACAUUUUGUACUAAGGAAACGUUUUGUAUAGUUAUAUGUACGGUUUAUUGAUAUUCAAUAAAGUGGUUAAUUUAUAUAU